CACAGCCGCAAGGGUCUUGGGGCCCUGCAAAAUCGUGGGCAGCUGAGCCAGGCAGUCAGCGGAGGAACAUGGCGCCCUGGACACUCUGGCGCUGCUGCCAACGCGUGGUGGGCUGGGUUCCGGUGCUCUUCAUCACCUUUGUGGUCGUCUGGUCCUACUACGCGUACGUGGUGGAGCUGUGCGUGAGUACUGUUUCCAGAACAGGAGAAAAAGGAAAGACCGUUGUUUACCUUGUGGCUUUCCAUCUGUUCUUUGUUAUGUUUGUAUGGUCCUAUUGGAUGACAAUAUUCACAUCUCCCGCUAGCCCCUCCAAAGAGUUCUAUUUGUCAAACUCUGAGAAGGAACGUUAUGAGAAGGAGUUCAGCCAAGAAAGACAGCAAGACAUUUUGAGAAGAGCAGCAAGAGACUUGCCUAUCUACACCACAUCAGCUUCAAAAGCUAUCCGAUACUGUGAAAAAUGUCAGUUGAUUAAACCUGACCGGGCCCAUCACUGCUCAGCAUGUGACAGAUGUGUUCUUAAGAUGGAUCAUCACUGUCCAUGGGUGAAUAACUGUGUGGGAUUUACUAAUUACAAAUUCUUCAUGCUGUUUUUGUUGUAUUCUCUGCUAUAUUGUCUUUUUGUGGCUGCAACAGUUUUAGAGUAUUUCAUAAAAUUUUGGACGAAUGAACGAACAGUUUCAAAUUUCCACAGCGCAAAGUUCCACGUCCUGUUCCUUUUCUUUGUGUCUGCAAUGUUUUUCAUCAGUGUGCUCUCACUAUUUAGCUACCAUUGCUGGCUGGUUGGAAAAAAUAGAACAACAAUAGAAUCAUUUCGUGCACCUACAUUUUCUUAUGGAAUAGAUGGAAAUGGUUUCUCUCUUGGAUGCAGUAAAAAUUGGAGGCAAGUCUUUGGUGAUGAAAAGAAAUAUUGGCUAGUUCCAAUAUUUUCAAGCUUGGGUGAUGGUUGCAGUUUUCCAACUCGCCUUGUGGGAAUGGAUCCAGAACAAGCUUCUGUUGCAAACCAGAGUGAAUACAUCAGAAGUAUUGGUUCAAAUCAACCUUUUCCUAUCAAACCACUUAGUGAAUCAAAAAACCGUUUGUUGGACAAUGAAUCUCAGUGGCUAGAGAAUGGAGCUGAAGAAGGAGUCACCAAAUCAGGGACAAAUAACCAUGUUACAGUGGCAAUAGAAAAUUGAGUACUACUUGUUCAUAACUAACCAUUUGAUGAGUGCAAGGUAUAUAAAAAACACAUUUUGGACUAUUUUCAAUUUUAUUUGCAAGAAAAUGAUUGAUGGAAUGAAAUAAUUGAAGUAUAACAGAAGAUAUAUUUUUUAAAAGGAAGUGUUUGUACAGUUUGAUGGAUCCACAGAAGCACUACAGAGCAGAAAGAUGCCUUAAUUUUUAGUGUCCAUGUGUUGUGUAACAUUGCCUCACAGCUCAAAAGUGACUUAAUUUUCCUUUGGAAAUAACAAUGCUAUCGUCACAUGUUAACAUGCCAUAUGUAUUUUUAACAUCUGAGUUACAACAUUAGAGUUAUUUCUUAGUAUCCACAUUAGCUUUCACCCCCAAAACAAACUGAAAAGUUGUCUGUGGUGAAGUAUACCUAGGGCAAAUGGUGGCUAAAAUGAUACUCAAAUCACUGAUGAGUGUGCUGUAUAAGGGAAAGAAAUACUGCUUUUUUUUAUUAGAUGUUUACUAAUUUAUAAUUACUGUUUUAUAUUUUUCAACGUUUUAAUAAAGAUUUUUUAAUUAUUGGCUAUAAAAUAACACUCAGAAGGAUUCAGAUACCUAAAUAUAAUCAUUUAGAACAUUGAAGAUAUUAAUAUAAUUCAGUGAAGGUUUAGUUAGAAACAUUAAUACUUCUAAUUAGUACUUUUAAAAGCCAAGUGGCACAAUGCCUAUAAUCCCAGCACUCAGAAGGCUGAGGUAAGAUUGCUGUGAAUUUGAGUCUAGCAUUGGUUAUGUAGGGAUUGUAUCCAAAACACAGAAUAAUACAACCAUGUAGUGUAGUGUGAGCCCGAGGCUCAAAGGAAACAUGGUAGGAAAGAAGUAGUUUGGUAUUCUCUGCUUUUUAAUUACUAUUGAGUUUUCAGGGGAAUUUUAUAUGGGCAGGGAAGCACAGCGGUUCACAUGCUAUGCAAAGACUUAACACAUAGAUGAAUAGGUGGGCGUGGCUAAAAAAGAGAAUGAUAGAAGGAAUAUUAUAAACAACUAAACAAAUUUUCAUCCCUAAAAGUGUACAAACUACAACAUGCUACUGAAUAAGCUUUCAGUUUAGGCAAUGUCUAAAAAUUACUGUGGUACUUUACAGUAAUCCUAUAACAGAGUAAACAGUGACUUAAAAUGCAGUUCAGAUGAGGAUGAAAUAAAUAAAUCAAAAACAUGAAUUCCCAGUCUUGGGCUGGAGAAAUGUUUCAGUAGAUAGGAAUGUACAACCUGAUCAGUCACAUUCUGGAGGAAGAUAACCGGCUGGCAUUUACACGGCAUUUACACUAUGGUGCACACAGACUCUCUUUAAAAGAUAGUAUGUUUUCAGCAUCUAGUGGCUUUAACAGGAAUGGCUGUAUUUAGGAGAUUAGUCCACUGGUCUGUAAAAAGGCAAUGUAGAGAUGCUGUUCUUGGUUUAUACCAUUUAUCAAAGAAACAAGCCCAAAAUGAUUGCUUCCAGUGGACCAGCAGAGUGAGAUCUCGGAUGUGCUGCUAUCUGGGAUGUGGCUAUGCAGUGUCUUUGUGUGGACAAUAAGAUUGUGGAGGAGAGGGCACCCUGCAUGAGUUGGACUACAGGACUCCCAACAUUACCCAGUGUUGAAGGUUGCAAAUAACCUUGCUUUUCAUUUACCCACCAAGUAGCUCUCAAGUCCUCUGGAUAUCAAACAUUAUACUAAAGAUAAUGUUGUGAUUUCCUAAUCCUGCAUAAAUCAAGACAGCUGCUGUUCUAACUUUGCAAUUUGGGAAGUUUAUUGAAUUCCCAUUGACUGCACUAAUUCUGAAUCUUAAGUAACUUUCCCUUUGGACCAAAGGAGUGAGUUAGCUUUGGCACCAAGGUUUAAAAUUGUAUGUAGUAUGAAUUCCUCUUCAUUUCAAUUCUUUAUUGUUAAAACAUCAUUCUAAAAAAACAAUGAAUUAAGAGAUACCACUUACUGCUAGGCAUGCUGGUGCAUGCUGGCCAUCUCAGCACCUGGGAGUCUGAAUCAAGUUGGUCUAAUUCAUUCUCAGCAUCAAAAGUAGCCUGUGCUGCAUGAAACCUGUGUCAAAAAAACAAGAGAGGAAAAAAAAGAUCAAUUACUAACCAGAAAUACAACCUCAAUUUGGUAAUUUGCAUGCUACUUUCAGAAAUGUUCUAGUAUUUCAGUGUUUCUAUAUUUAGAUCAAGGGAUUUGCAUGUACCUGGCAUAAUUUGCCCCUUUAACUUACUAUUAUGUAGAAAUAUCAAAUUUCUGAGUUCUUAUCAUUUGUUUAUUAGCAUAGUAAAACCAUUUUUAGUUUUCCACUUUGAUAACCUUUAUAGCCAGCUUUUUGCCACGUUCUAAAAUAUUUAGCUGCCUUUUGUUUUUUGGUUUUGUUUCAUUUUAGUGCUGAGGAAUCAAACCCAGGGCCUUCUGCAUACUAGGCAAGUCCUACCACUGAGCUACAUCCCUGGCCCAGGCUGACACUGGUCGUACAUGUCAGUGAACCAUUAGGGCCAGCAAGUGGUAUGGGAGUUAGGGAGAGGCUGGCUGUUUACUAUUUGAACUGGCAUUGAGUGUUGCUAUCAGCUGGGGGGGACUAAGUUGAAACAAAGCUUUGCCAAAAUUUCAAACACUUGAACAUUUGUUUAGAAAAUGGAGUUGAAUUUCAGGUGUUGCCCUUGCCAUUAAAAACAUCAGUCAGGAGACUUGGUUUACCUGGGUACAGAGGUACUUGACGGUUGAGUACCUGCGGCACCUGACCACUGUCACUGUGCCAACCAAAGCAGCUGCAGUGUACCAGCUAUUGACAUGAACAUGUUUACAAAGUUGAGUUUUGUCUUCAUAUAAGAAUGAUUUUUAAAAAACUUUUUACAUAGUAGUUAUGAUGCAAUGUGUUUAAAGCAUAACAAGUUAGCUUAAAUAUAUGGUCUUUACUUGAAUUUUAAUUCUGACAGAAAGCAGAUUUUGACUGUUUACAGGAAUGCUUGAAAUGAGUCAUGAGAUCUCCAGUUAUCUCUGAAGCAAAACUAUGUUACAGGCUAGUGUUAUUAGCCUGCGUAUUUGGGCAUUGACUGGGCAGUAACUCACAACUAUGCUUUGCUUACAUCCUGUUCUACAAAGUAGUACUUCUAGCGUGGAUAAGUAUUUUUAACUGAUAUUAAAUCAUAUUUUUGCAUUUCAGUCAAACUAGUAAGAACAUAUGUAAAAGUACAAAUAAGAUAUUAAUCUGAAAUUCAUGUUUCAUAUGACCUAAGCUGUAUUUUUAAAUUCAAAUUUAAAAUACGAUAGAGAUUCAGAAAGGUCCAUAUUUUUCUAAUGACUUCAUGCUAUAUUAUUUUCUUGAGUUAUGUAAAGCAAGGAAUUGUAUUUGUAUUAAGGAGCUAAGAAAGCUGUUAGUUUAUUAUAUUUGUACAUGAUUACAGACAAGCCUAUGCCCAUUUAAAAGAAAAGAUGGAUACUAUUUAAGGUGAUAUUUAAUAUGCUUUUCUAUAAACAAGUUUGAAAUAUAGUUUACCUUAGUUGUCUUAUCAAUAGCAUAGCCUUCUAUUUAUUUCUCAUUAUGUGAACCUGGACCAUGACCAAUGACUCUUUGCUCUGUAUUUUGGAUGGCCUAACCCACAUUACUGUGUGUGCAUUUUACAACUUUUUUUUUCAGAAACUAUAAUUACCUUAUUAAUAAACAGAUAAAGAUCUUGUCUUGUU